UUCAAAUAAUUCAAGAUUAAUGGAUUUUAACUUGCCAUAAUUUAUGRAUUUUAUUUGCUCAGAAUUCCAAGAUCUUGUUAAAAAUGUCUUAAAAAAGAAUCAGUCUAAGAAGGGGUCUACUGAAAUGCUAACUACAGAUAUUGUAGAUGCUCUGUUGGAAAGAGAUUUUGAAUUUACUACAGCAAGUGAUCCUCUUCAAAGUAGUCCCAAUAUUUCACCUUUAACAGGUGAAAAUCAUUAUCCUAUGUACCCAUUAUACAAGGAAAUUGCUAACAAGUUAUUCAAAUGGAUGGAAACUACACAAAAUCCUUCAGAAAGCCUCCAGAGUUUUGAAUUAUUGGAGCAAACAAAAGUUGUAUCUUUAACAAAGAAAGAAGAUUUAGAAAAUGUUGGAAAGCUUCUAAAUCAACUCAAAGACUCUUGGAAAAACUGGAAUGUGGAAGAAAGGGAAAUCCAUAUUGCUAAAGUUUUUGGGAUCUUAGAUAAAAGGAUGUUGUUAGAUUUGCUUGGUGUUCGUCACACUGUUGGUAGCAUAGACUUUUUCCCACCACCAUUGGAGGAGUUAAUCAAUUCAUUUUGUAAAAAACACAAGCCUAAUUCUAAUCUUUCAGUAGGUGCUAGAGCUUUAUCAAAGCACUGUCAUAGAGACAACACUUCAAAGUUUUGGGGAGUAUGUACAGGUAGCGAGGAUGCAAAGAAUAAUCAUGCCUGUACAACACUUCACAAGAUACUUAAUGACGUCGCAUGGAUUAACAUUCAUUCAUUGCCUCAUGAUGUGAAGGUGGUUGAGAUAAGAUGUAGUCAGGGGUAUGGAGCAAGGUGGUUGCAUGACGGCAGUGAGUUCCGUGGAUUUCUAGAGCCACAAAUGGUUGAUGGACAUUCUGUGAAAUGGAGACACUGACAAUGACCUAACAAACAAACAAACA